CGCGUAUCUCAGGCGCCAUUGACGUACUUCUCGACCGCGAGUUAAACGAAGUUGUUAAUAAAACCGUUGUUUAAAAAACAACUAUUUUAAAGGAGUUUAUUAAUAAUUAUUUGACAUUUCAUUUCAAUAGUGUAAGAUAUUUUAAAAAUUAAGAUUGUGUAUGUUAUUCGACAUGUAAAUGUCUCAAACUAUGUCUACAUAAUAAUUUUCCAUGAGAUCAAAUUUGCAUGCGAUUAUCGAUAUAUCACAACGAUGGUAAAUAAUGUACAGUAUUCACAUACCAACUGAGCUUGCUCACACGAUAGAGUGGUUUUGCCGGCUUGCUUUUUUGUAAUAUUAUUUUUCCACGGUAAAUCGCUACGGUCCCUUAGCGCGUUGAAUCAGCUGGUGGCGGCGGAGCGAUCAACCUCCGCGCUCCGGGCACCAACCAACCCACCAACCAACCCCAAUCUUCGACGACAAAGUGUCCCAGAUGGCGUGCGUAGUGGCCUCCCCGCAGCUGGAGUCGAGCGGGGAUUUCCUGGCAUGGCUGGAGACGCAGGGCGUGAACGCGGAAGUGGCCCGAGCCAUGGACUCGGAGCUGGGCAUCCGGGACUACGGGGUCCUGUGUGCCUGCGUCGGAGACGGCCUCGUGCAGGCCGAGCUGCUGGCCACGGCGCGCGACCGCCUGCCCUUCGGCUUCUACGCCGUGCUGCGGCAGGUGGUGAAGGCCCUGCAGGAUGCUAAGCACCACGACGCUGGGACGCCGCGCUGGGACGAUGCCGCCGCUUCCUCCCCUGGCGAUGUGAUGCUGGGAGGCCUGGUGGACGUGCUGCUCACGCUGUUCAGCGGCUUGAGCCGGGAGCUGCUGUUGUCUGUACAGAGGAUGGGAAACAUUGAUAACAAGAGAACGUGUCCUGCUGGCUCACCUUCAACCGCUUUGGUUGGCCAUCCUGAGAACAUUGCGAUGAAUGAAAAUAAUGAUUACACACCAAACGACGAGGAUGGAGAAAACUUAAUUUCAGACGUGGGAGGUUCGGACGCUGUGGACGCUAUGGACGCUGUGGACGCAUCGUCUUCAAUAAAAUUGGAGGCCCUUGAAGGUGCUUGUGGCAUUGAAGAUGAUUCAGGGUUCAUCAUACAAGAUGUGGUUUCUUCAAACGCUGACAACAUUGGUUCAUGUUCACAGCUGCAGCAUCAGAAUCCGCAUCAGAAAACUGGAGGUAAAAUGCAAAGAAACUUUAAAGCAGAAGAGAUGCAAGACAUGUCCCCGGGUGAAUUGCUUAUGCCCAAUCCCCUAAAAACUCAACACUUCAUCGGGCAACAAGAAUGCCCGAAUGGUAUAGAGGAUUUUCCAAUCGAUGGGCAAGUUCCUGCUGCUGAUGAGCCCGAUGCAUCGGACAACCAGCUUUACAUGUUAAUGGGUGCGACUUCCCGUUCGCCAAAAUUAAAUGUGACUGCUAAGUCGGCGAAUAAGCCAUACCAGUGCACGGUGUGUAAGAAGAGCUUUGCGUGGGUCUCGCUUUUGAAGUACCACCAUCGCAUACACACGGGAGAGAAGCCGUACCACUGCAAGAUGUGCAACCGGUCCUUUGCUCAGUCUUUCAAUCUGAAGGUCCACAUGCGCACGCACACAGGGGAGAAGCCGUACCAGUGCAGGUUCUGCAACCAGAGCUUCGUCUGCAGCGGGAGCUUGAAGUCGCACAUCCGCGUGCACACGGGAGAGAGGCCGUACCGGUGCGAUAUUUGCAACAGCUGCUUCUCGCGGAGUCAUCACUUAAAAGCUCACCAGCGCACGCACAGGCCUUAAGCAAAAAAAUUACCGGCGGAAGAAAUGCGACGGUUGCUUUGCGCGUAAUAGAUUUUACAUGUUUUCCUGAUUUUUUUUUAUACCAAUUUUGCUACUAUUGUCAUCUCAUGAGGCAAAGCAUACAAGUGGAAACUUUCAUGCCAGAGAUUGGACAGUUUUUAAGCAGAUAAAAUCCCUUCCUGUGACCGAUGGUCCACACCAGUAGAGGGUAGGGAGCACUUUCCCUUCCAUAUUUCCAGACAGUCAAAAGCAAAUUUAAGUUAGCCAAUUUUAAGUGCAGAACACAAUUUGAUGAUGGAUUUUUUUGCUGCAGUUAUUGGUGACCAGACCGAGACCACCAACUCGCGACACGUGGGAACUCGAUUUAAUCAUGAGUGGAUAAAAACCUGGAUUUUAACCCACGAACUAAGUGCAGCCAGCUCAACUACCCAGCCACCUCGCAUAAUUAUCAUUUAAAAGCUCACUUGGGGCACCUACAUUGAAUAUAGGUUUUCAUGAUGAAAUGUGUUCCUGUAUAAAGUUUGCAUGGUGAUGUGUAACAUAUACUAACUAUGCAGCUGUGUUUAAAUAAAAGCAUUACACCCAAUAAUAA